CCGUACAGCCGCACACAACCAAACCCCGCAGCGGCAGCAGCAGCAGCAGCAGGGAAGCAACAACAAAAAACAUUAUGCUCCGGCAGUCUUCGGCACCAGCACGGGGUGUACACACCGGACUCAGUGUAUGCGGCCUCUGUACGCAGCCAACUUCGGGCAGCAAAUUUUGUUUGUAGCAACUGCUCUUGCCGUGCGGACACACACGCGUGCGUUCCGGUGUGCCCACCAGGCAGCGCGUCUCGUCAACCACAAAUCUCGAAAGCUCGCCGGAGGAAAGAAAACAACAGCCCACGGGCAGCUUCUGCGAAAAACCGGAGACCCGCACACACAAACCGCACGUCCGGUGCAAUUUUUGCGCAAAGGCGCGCGCGGGUUUCGUGUCAGUGCACGGUUUUGGAGUUCGUAUUGUCCAGUUUGGCCAAUUGAUCUAGUUUUGCGAAUCUAGCGUUUUGCGCAAACACACAGCCACACGUUGCGUACGUGUCCGAAAUUCAGCCGGCAGUGGUGGGCGUUUGAGAGCAAGCAGCAAAUGUUGUGUGUUGAAAGCAAAAUGUGUUAAUUGCGUUGUGCAGGCCCCGCGAGGGUGCGUUAAAAACAACGAACCAUAAUCACAACGCCUGCCAAAGUGAACGGUCCAAGUGAGCGUACUGGGACAGCCAUUGUUCUGUGCAUGCAAGUGUUCUCGUAUUGCCUAAUGCACACCCUUCGGUGCAUCAAAGUCGCAGCAGAACCGUCCCGAGAUUAAUGCAAUCAAACAGCAAACACUGUGCAAUUCAACAAAAUUAGCCAACCGAAGAAGUCGUACAAGCCAGUGCUAGUGUGUGUUGUACAAGACAAGUGUAUACUAAAUCCUCACUCUCGUAUACUAAGCGUGUGUUUUAUCGGAAGCAGCGACAAAGUGAACGAACGAAGGUGUCGUGACAGUGAAAGUGUUGUAGUUUGAUAGCCAAAUUUUGCCGUUUAUUUUUAUAGCUCGCUCUAUAUGAAUCAUAUAAACCACAAAAAAAACGUACGUUUGUAAUAGAAAGUGAAGCAUUCUAUGCAAAAAAAGUGAACCCUCGUUCCUCGUGUUCGUGCAAGCAGUUUUAGACGUUGCGGAAAGCAAAUUUCACGGCCGAAGCGCAUCCCCCAUCUUCUCUGCCCAUCUGCUGCAGUAUCAUAAGAUUCCGUCCCUACACUACCGAGUGCAAAUAGCAAAGCGCUGAAAGGUCUCUUUUGAGCCUUCCGAACCGGGAUGAUGGUACUGAUGGCUUGCAUGAUUUCAUUACCCUAAGUAAACUAUUGCAUCAGAUGAUGCGGCAAAACACAGCGUAUACUAUUCGUCCAGACGAUUCCUACUGAAGUACAUAACUUCACAUACGAGUGAUUUUCAACGGAGCAAACGAGGCGCGGUGGUUUUGUUUUCUCUUUUUAUUUCCGUUUUUUCGUUCAUCCUUUGGAGAGAAAAAAAAACCAGAGCUGUUACAUAGCUGCGAUUAAAACGGGAGGGAAAACCACAACAACGCGUACCACACAGACAAAAACAAAGCCCCGAUCGAUGUAUUGAAUGACGACAGCAACCGUCGCAGCCCAGCAGAGUGAGCACUUUGGACGGUUCCCUGCGGCAGGCUGCAGCACUAGCAGCGGCAGCAGCAGCAGCGUUAACACCACGGCCUCGACCGUCGCAGCACCCGGGACGCAGCUCAGGAUGAACGACACGCACCAACCGUUGCACACGAGCGACACUAGCCCCCGCGACCAGAGCACCAACGGUACCAGCACGGGCGGCGGACUGGCCGUGGCCAACCUCGCGCUCCACAGUGGCGCCUCGGGUGCCCUCAGCGCCAACUCGAACGGCAGCACCGCCAGCAACGGAUCCGGCGCGAACAACAACAACAACGGCAAAAGCCGCACCAUGUCGCUGAGCGACGGCAAAAUCGAUCACCUGCUGCGGGAUCAGCAGCGCGAGCAGCAGCGGGAGCAACAUCAGUCGUCACACCAUCAGCAAUCCUCACAGCAGCAUCAGCAUCAGCAGCAUCAGCAUCAACAGCACCACCAGCAGCAGCAGCACCACCCGCAUCCACUACAGAACCGGCUGCGCGGUGUGUCACCGACGCCCUCGGAGCAGCAGUACGCCCUCAAGUGGAACGACUUCCAGUCGUCGAUCCUGUCCUCGUUCCGGCAUCUGCGCGACGAGGAGGACUUUGUCGACGUGACCAUUGCCUGCGAUUCGCGAUCUUUCACCGCACACAAGGUUGUGCUGAGCGCGUGUAGUCCCUACUUUCGCAAGCUGCUGAAAGCGAAUCCCUGCGAGCACCCGAUUGUCAUCCUGCGUGACGUACGCUCGGAGGAUAUCGAAAAUUUGCUGCGAUUUAUGUACAACGGUGAGGUACACAUCGGCCAGGAUCAAUUAAGCGAUUUCCUCAAAACGGCCCAGUUGCUGCAAGUGCGCGGACUGGCAGAUGUUACGACCGGCAACCCCACCGGCGGCCGAACGUCCGCCAACUCGUCCAUGCUGAACUCAUCAUUAUCGACACCUGCUGUCCAGGAACUGAAGGCAUCACCCACCUCCACCUCGUUACCAUGGGAGCUGCCGGAUGAUAAUAAUCCAGCACCGCCGCCACAGAAGCGUACCAAGAGCUCGGAGCUGUACCGCAAGCAGCACGGUCUCAGUCCCGACGAUCCUAUUCCGCUCGAUCUGCUACCGAUCGGGCAGCAUCCGCUAACGCGCGAGCGCGAUCGCUCCAAGGACAAGAGCAAGGACCACCACCAUCGCGGAACGUCCGAGCAUGACCUGCACCAUCACCAUCAUCAUCGCGAGCGGGACCGAAGUUUGGAGUUGCGCGAAUCGCUACUCGGACAAGCGCUUGAGGGUGGACCCACGCUAACUGUACCUUCGAAACAUCCCGAUCUGCUCUCGCUCCAGGCCGCGGCCAGUGGUGAAGAUUCGAACAGCAGUGACACGGCAGCCUCGGACCACGGUGACGACAUCGAGGGUCUCAAUGGUAACAUCGAACACACCCGGCCAUCGUUCCCGUUUCUCGGUCUGCAAGGCAUUCCCGGGCUAAUACCGGGCCCGUCCGGCAUGCAUGGUGACAACUUCGAUGCGCGGCAACAUUGCGACGCGUUGAUAAAGGAGGAGAUCGAUGAGCCGCCGCGAAAUGACGCAUCGCAGCAUCAUCGGGCCGGCAUACUCGAACCCGACCGGGCAGCGGGCAGCCGGAGACGGGGGCGCGAUCACGAGCAGAACGGGCUCGAUUGCACCUCCGGCAGCCGCCACCAGCUGCAGCAGCAACAGCAGCAGCAGCACCAGCAGCAGCAGCAGCAACAGCACCGCCGCUUUGCGAAGCGCUUCAAACGUCACCAUCCGGAGGUGGCCGAGAAUCUGCAGCGGCGAUCUCACACCGUGGCCUCACCGUCGAUCUCGAUGCGCUCGGACGAAACGUUCGAGGAGCAGCCGGACGAUGGCCGCGGUCAGCGUGCGGGUAUAAACGGCCCGUCCGUGCUCGAUGACGUCAGGGAGGCGCUCGCCCUGCGACGGUCCACUGCGACAAACCACACCGAAGUGCCAGCUCGGCAAAAGCCGACCUACAGUGACGGAGAGGAGGAGGAGGAGGAGGACGACGACGAGGUGAACAACGGCAAUGGGGAGCGGCGCGUGCCGGCGGCUAGCCACGCCACACCCGACAAUGGUGGCUUGCGGACGCCCUUGCGCGACGAGGACGAGGAGGAUGAGGAAGACAUCGACGGUGGAAGCGAAGAGAACGAGCUCGAUCUGAAGGUGGACGGACGGCUGUCCGCCAUUGCCACCACGCUCGACAGCGAGUAUCACAAGCGGAUGGCGGCCGCUGGGGUGCUAGCGGCAGCCGCCGCUGCCAGUGCCAGUGCGCUGGGUGAUGCCGGUAGUGAGCAGGCGGCGGCCGAUUUCUUUGCCGCCCAUCACAAGGCCGGCACGCACGAGCUCGCCCUCAAGCAACACUUCCUCAACGAGAAGGUUCGCCUGCAGGCGCUGCUGCAGCGGCAGGCGCAGCAGCACCAGCACCACCACCAGAAGCUGGCCGGCUUUUUGCUGUCGACGGCCAGCACACCGCCAACACCUACCCUCACACCAACGAACGUGCUCAAUCUUGGCCAGUCGGGCGGCGGCUCCGAUCAUCAGCGCGGUGGAUCAGCGUCUCCGGCGGCAGCCGCUGGCGGGCGUUCGUCCGUCGCCGCUGGUAACGAUUCCGGGAGCGGCAAGUCAUCCAACAGCAAGCAACAGCCCGCCUGCAGCUCUUCACCAUCGUCGGCCUCUUCGGCGGCUGCCGUAGCCGCUGCAGCCGCCGCUGCUGAUCGGUUGUUUGCAGCCGCCUACAGCAACAGUGCCAACGCGUCCAAUGCUGGAGGCGGCAAUAGCGGCGGCAAUGGCAGUGGCAGCUCCUCCAACGUGGCCUCGGGUAGCGCGGGUAAUGGGCAGGUUUAUCUGCUGCCCUGCCCACUGUGCGAGGUACCGCUGGAGCCGCGCGUUUUCCGCCAGCAUCUCGAUCGGCACUAUCCGCGCGACAGUCCGGUCUGUCCGGUGAUUCAGUGCGGUCGCCGCUUCGCUCAUCCCAACUCGGUGCGCAACCAUAUGCGGCUGAAGCACACGAACCAGUGGGCCCAGAUGAAGGCGAUGCGAUCCUCGGGCGGUCCCUUUACGGGCAUACCGUGAGACUUGGGGGAAGGAAACAUUCCUGAACGGGGAGGAUAAAGAUACGCAAGACACAGUACUGAGUUCGUUGCCCUCCUUACACUCUUUCCAUUCCAAGGUUUGAUUAUUUCACCAUACGUAAAGUGAUUUGAAAGACUCGCGUUUUUUUUUUUCUUGCUCCCUUUGCGAAGUGGUAGCCCACAACAGGCCACUAUUGAGCUAUUAUAGUGCAGCUGCAGCUGAGUGGCGCUGGUCCUAAUUAUUGAAAGAUUUCUAUACAUAUUAUCACUAGGUAUUACGAAAAAGGUUCGCUAGCGAUACGCGUGAGUGUCCUAAACUAACUAAAGUUCCUAAAGAAAUUAAAGUAAACAACACAACACAAAAACCAAAACAAACAAACAAACAAACACGGAGACACACAAAUGAGGCGUGAUUGAAACGUUUAAAACAAGGCUAUGGAGUAGUGUACAUCGGAAACAAGAAUCAGGAAAAACAGUUGUUACAUUUUUCUCGCAACACAAGAAAACCAUGCAUUCAGUAUUGUUUAAGGAUAAAAGCUAUGGGGAAACGGUAGCGAAAAAAAGGAACGAGAAACAGCGUAAGCCACAACUAACACAAACUAACACAGAAAAUACGCAUACUAUUCAAAAACAAACAAAACAACACUAGCUUACGAUAAAACACUACAAAUGUUUACAAACAGUCAAACUGUUCCGUUUAAGCAACACACACACACAAGCAACGCUUUCUUUUCCUCUAGUCCUCUGUUUCGGUUCUUCGGUACAAAUUGUGUUGCAUUAAGGGCGAAUUGCCCUAUAUCUCAUCUCGUUUCUUUAUAAGAACAGUAUUAGUAGCAAGGAAAGGUUGGGGGUCGUUUAGAAUUGGAUUAGAAAGUUGUACACCAACUACACCACAUACCAGGCGAGAUGCUUCUAAAAUGGAUUGAAAUGAAACACUUUAAACGACACAGCAUCAGCAGCCGCCGCUGCCUGUCGAAUAUUAAUAUUUGUUAUUUAUUUCCACCUCACGCAACAGGCUAGAAGAGAGGCUAGACAGAACACUAGACUAGCGUUCGUUGAAUGUAAAUGCUUUGGUGAAACUAGCAACAGGAUCGCGCGGAGGGCACAGGGCUUUACUUUAAAUCUCACUCAAGUAUUUUGAUUCCGAAAGCAAGUAAAAGCAUUACAUACAGAGACAUAUAUACCGACAGAUAAUGCCAUAAUGGAAAGCGGUUUCCUGAUGUGAUCGGGAAACCGUACCUUAUACUUUCUAGUGUUUGAUUAACCAGUAAAACGCAAGUAAAACGAAAACUGAGCAAAGAUAAAACGAUAAAGGUUCCUACUAAGAUAUAAAAUUUAAAAGUUUAUAAAUACAAAAGGCGAAAGCAAACAGCAACGCGUGUUCCGUACAUCAUCGAAAUUGGCUGCAGAAAGUCCCCCACUUUGAAGGUGCGCAAAACGUACCAGAUGUCAAACCGAUAAUUAACCAGUUUAAGGCUCACUGUGCUAGUGAAAAGUAAAGUAAAUACACAUUCCCCAACCAACCAACAGUUGCAGAACAUAAGUAUGAAAUAAUAAACACAAACAAAAAACGGCCUUAUAGGUUAGUUGUUGCAAUAGAGUUUCUGUCGCCAGGCAUUGGAAUAUACACCCUGGUCGACUGGUAGGCAAUACCGCAUCACUAGAGCAAACACUUUAAACCCCCCCCAAAAGCGACGCGGCGAAGAAAGCAAAGGAAGGAGGAGAACAUUGGCAGCGGGAAUUAGAAUUACACGGCAGAUAAUUUUGUUUUGUUUGCAAAUAGCUCGUGUAGUUGCUGGUGGUAUCAGGCAUACCUUAAGCGUACCAGUACAACUUCUGCCCAGUCACGACGGUUGAUAGUUCCAUUAGUUGGAGCCUCCGCCUCCGUCUGCCCUCCCUAGUUCGGUGCGCUACUUUGUGCGCCGUCCGUCAAGAAUAUUGCGGUGUUGCCGGGGCUCUUGGCGAUCGUUUUUGCCUCGCCCCAAAAACUGCUAUUUCCCCCCAUCGAUGGGUACUUUAAGGGGGGGUGAGGGGGGGAUGGGGGUGGUGAUGUUGUGAUGCCACACCUAGAAUAAUUUUUCACCAAACCCAACAGCCCGACGGCCCCAUCCGUCGAAAAGUAAAGUCAAACAGUAAUCAUCAUCAUCAACGCCACUUCGGUCCCAGGACUCGUUCCUUCCUUCCGCACUCGCCGGGCGCCGGGAUGGGGCAUUAGGCUGUGUUACUCAAGAAAAGACACCUUCACCACACCACCACCAACAAACGUACGAAAAAAGCUGCUAAACUAAUUACAGCGAUCGUGCUUGUGGUGUGUCCUAUUAAUGGACGAACCGUUACGAAACGACCUUCACACCCUAGCUCGAGCCCGCGUGGGCCGCAUAUACGCAUACUCACUACUUGCUCACUAUCGGUAAUUAUCGGCUUGACAUAAAUUGAGCUUCGGUUUUUAUUUUCCUGCUUAGCGCAUUUCUUUUUCGGGGCAUUUUGUUGUUUAUCUUAUAGUGAUUAGAAUGGGCGCGCUCGAAUUAGGAAAAUGGAAUUAAGGCAAACGGCAGACAGACUCACCUCGCAAAAAUUCGUUCCGAAAACGUUUAACCAACUGCAUAAGCCAAGGAAAAAUGGAAACAAACAAGCGGAUAAUAUUUAAGGCAAACGCUAAACACCGAAACCAAUACAAACACACAACGCUCGCUCGUUUGGGUUUGACCAUUUCGUUCCUCUACUUUGCCAUUUGAUGUAGUAUAAUUUUAGAGUGUAAGAAGUGUGACGCUACGUUCUUUUGAGUGCACUGCAAACACUCCUGCUGCGGGAAAAAGCAGUCUAUUUCCAAUGCUACACAGCCAACGGUUCUUAGGUUUAGGGUUGAUUGAUUUUUUAACAGUUUAACCGUGGUUUUGAUUUCCAUUUUGCAAAGAAUUUUACAAUAGUUGCACUAUUACAAGCUAUACCUGUGAACACAUUAAACCAGACAGGCUUGCUACACACAGUCACACACCGAUAAACAAAACGAUAUAAAACCAGUCGCGCUUUAAAGUAAAUUGCCGAAGCAGAAGUGGAAACAUAGUGGAAACAUGCAUAUGCUAAAGAAAGAUCUAACAAGUAUACAACUAUAUUUAGCGCCAUAUUACAACUAAGCGAGUAGAAAUGCUAAACAAGUGAACAGAAAGAAACGCAAGAAAGCAAAAGGAAUGAAACAACAACAGAUAAAGUGUGUAAAAUGAACCCAAAAAACGCAGCACAUUGGUUACCUGUAAAACAUAAGUGAACAAACAAACAAACAAACAAACAAGUUGGUAGUUUUGUAUAAGAAGGAAGAUAUAAAAGCAUUAAAAGCUUACACAGCCAAAACGCAAACACUAAAUGCAAACAAACGGGGAAAGGUGAGAUCAACGAUCGACAGGUAACGAUCUCGAAAGGGAUUUACAGAAAAAUAAAACAAAAAUACACCACACAAACACGUAUAAUAUAAACACAACACACACACACACACAAUGUAAAAACAAACACUAGCUCGUUGCAUUCGUAUGAAAGGAAGUGUGAAGCUUAACGUAAGCGUGCGGGAGAAUGAUGAUAAGAAAAUAAAAAUGGCAACCAGAAGAACAGAUGAAUAAGACACGAACCCUGUCGUUUUCUUUCUUAUUCAUGGUUUUCCAUUCCCUACCUCUUCUUCUUACCCAAUUUAAGAACGGUUUAAGGUGUAUUGUUUAUCUCCUCAAAACUUUAGCUUAGCUUUAUUUUAACUCCCCAAAAGCCUAACUAUUUAGAACAAAAACACUCACACUUACCCCAGUUUAUUGUACUAAUACAAGCGAUCGUACAUGAUCGUGCUGCGUUAAUGUACUACUUGCUGCUACUAAACUUCCUUGACUCCUGUUUGCCGCACAGUGCGAAACGUUACUUAUUUUUUGCCCCGUUUUCCUUUUACACUUACCCCGCGGCAUAGUUAGGCAAGCUUGUGUUUGAUUUGAUUUAUUUUACUUUAUUUUUCCCGUUUCUCUCUUCUCUCUCUCUUUCUCUCUCUCCACAUCAUGCCAUCCCG